UUGCAGGCAAAGACUUUGAUCUCAUCAAAUAAUUUUUUCUUUCUCAGAGCAAAUCAAUCUUGGCUUCUCUUCUUUCACUCUACAAGACUACAAUCUAUUUCCUUCAUUUUCCUAGUCUCUGUUCUACCUCUACAACUAAAAGAAAAACCAACAUGGUUGCAGCCUUGGUUGGAGGAGCAUUUCUUUCUGCCACCCUUCAAGUGCUGUUUGACCGUUUGGCUUCUCGCGAGUUCGUCAACUUUUUCCGUGCUCAAAAGCUUGAUGAUAAACUCCUCAGGAAGCUCAAGUCAACAUUGCGGGGACUUAAUGUUCUGCUCGAUGAUGCAGAGGACAAGCAGAUCACUAACCUUGCUGUGAAAGACUGGAUGGAUGAACUUAAAGUUGCUGUGUAUCAUGCAGAUGAUUUACUCGAUGAGAUUGCUACCGAGGCUUUGCGAUGCAAGUCUGAAGCCAAGUACCAUAGCGGGUCAGACCAGGUACGAAGUCCCACCUUGAUUUCUUCUUCUAGUUCAUUUGAUGCAGAUAUAGUGUCCAAGAUAGAGGAGAUCAUUGAUAGAUUAGAAUGUUUUCCCAAAGAAAAAGAUGUCCUCGGUUUGAGAGAAGUUGCUGGGCAAAAAUUGUAUCACGGAUUGCCAACAACUUCUUUGGUUGAUGAAUCUGGUGUUUUUGGAAGGGAUAAUGACAAGGAGGAUGUAAUUAAGUUGCUGCUCUCAGAUGAGGCAAGUGGUGGUAAUCAGAAGAUAGAUGUGAUUGCGAUAGUGGGGAUGGGUGGGGUUGGCAAGACCACCCUUGCUCAAUUUUUAUACAAUGAUGGCAGAGUGGAUGAUCACUUUGAUAUGAAAGCAUGGGUUUGUGUCUCUGAUGAAUUCGAUGUUGUAAGGGUUACAAGAACAAUUCUUGAGGCAGUCAUUCUGCAGCGUUCUGAUAUGAUGGACCUUAGUAAAAAGGACCUUAAUCAGCUUCAAGUCAAGCUCAAGGAAUGCUUGAGUGGGAAGAAAUUUCUGAUCGUUCUAGACGAUGUUUGGAAUGAGAACUAUGAUAACUGGGAUAGCUUGAGGAGUCCUUUUGGAUAUGGAGAACAUGGGAGCAGGAUUAUUGUUACAACGCGCAAUGAGAGCGUUUCGUCUAUUAUGCAAACAGUUCCUAUUCAUCGUUUGCAGCAAUUAUCGGAUGAAGAUUGCUGGAAAUUGUUUGCCAAACAUGCAUUUGACAAGGGAGAUUGUGGUGCACAUCCAAAUCUUGAAAGGAUUGGUAAAGAGAUUGUGAAAAAGUGUAAAGGUUUGCCUCUAGCAGCAAAAACAUUAGCCGGUCUUUUGCGCUCUAAAAGGGAUGUUGAGGAUUGGAAUAAUAUAUUGAAAAGUGGAAUAUGGGAUUUGCCAAAGGAGAAGAGCAAUAUUCUUCCAGCCUUAAAAUUGAGCUAUCAUUACCUCCCUUCGCAUUUAAAGAGAUGCUUUGCUUAUUGUUCUAUAUUUCCUAAAAAUUAUGAAUUUCAAAUGGAGAGAUUAGUCCUAAUGUGGAUGGCUGAAGGUUUUGUUGAGCAACCCAGAAGUAAAAAAACGAGGGAAGAGGUAGGUUAUGAGUGCUUCAAUGAAUUGCAAUCAAGGUCAUUUUUUCAACGAUCAAAUGCCAAUAAAUAUUGUUUUGUCAUGCAUGAUCUUGUUAAUGAUUUAGCUCAAGCUGUGUCUGGAGAUUUCUGUUAUGUGUUAGAGGAUGACAACACACAUCAUAUUUCUGAAAGGGUACUUCAUUUCUCAUGUGUUAGCAGCAAAUUUGAUGGCUUUGAAAAAUUCAAGCUAAUUAAUGAUGCUAAGUUUUUAAGGACUUUUCUAGCACUAAAUCCUGCAGUCUAUUCUUAUUCGUGGUUGAGCAAAAAGGUUUUGGAUGAUAUUUUGCCAAAACUAACAUGCUUACGGAUGUUGUCUUUGCAAUGGUAUAAUAUUAUAGAAUUGCCUCCUUCAAUUGGCAAUUUACUACAUCUAAGGUAUUUGGAUCUUUCUUACACGGAAAUCAAACAAUUGCCUGAAUCAGUUUGUACCAUGUAUAACUUAGAAACAUUACUGCUGUAUAAUUGUGAUAAGCUAACUACCUUGCCGGUAAAUCUUCGAAACCUAAUUCAGUUGCGCCAUCUUGAUAUUACUGGGACUAAUUUACAGGAGAUGCCAAAGCAAAUGAGUCAAUUAAAAGGCCUCCAAGUUUUAACUGCCUUUGUGGUGGGCAAGUCCAAGGGGUUAGGUAUUGAAGAGUUGAAGGAGUUUCGUCGUCUUCAAAGGAGGCUCUCCAUUUCAAGUUUGCAAAAUGUAACUAAUGGCAUGGGUGCAAUGGAGGCAAAAUUGGAGGAGAAAAUGUACCUUGAAGAACUGGUACUCGAAUGGAGUAGCAGUACCAAUGAUUCACAGGAUGAGAGAGAUGUUCUCGACAAGCUAAAACCUCAUACAAACUUGAAAUGCCUUGAGAUUAAAAACUUUGGUGGCACAAGAUUUCCAGAUUGGUUGGGAGAUAAAUCAUUUUGUAAAAUAGUGCGUUUGUCUCUUGACAAUUGUGAGUAUUGCUUUUCCUUGCCACCAUUUGGUCAGUUGCCCUCUUUGAAAGACCUUGAAAUUUCAAGGAUGCAAGGAAUAACAACGGUAGGCCUUGAAUUCUAUGGAGAUAGUUCUUUACCAUUUCAAUCUCUAGAGACUCUUAGAUUUGAAGCAAUGUUGGAGUGGGUGGACUGGUAUAUAUUAGAAUCUGCAGAGUUCUCUAAGCUUAAAGUGCUUCAGGUAAUCAAUUGUCCAAAGCUGAUUGGAGGCUUACCCAAACACAUUCCAUCUUGUGUGAGCCUUGAGAUUCAGGAAUGCUCAAGACUUACAAGUGAAUUAGUAUUGAAAGGAUGUGAUGGGGUAGAAUUGGGGUGUCGAGGUUUGUCUUCCCUUACAAAAUUAGAUAUUUUAGAUAUGCCUAAUUUGAAGGAAUUGACACCCCAGCUGUGCACUUUAACAAAUCUGAAGGAGUUCACGCUAUUUAAUUGUCCAAGCCUAUUGUCAUUCCCAGAUACAGGGUUGCCGCCCAGGCUUACAAGCCUUUCAAUCAGGUAUUGUGAAGUUCUAGUGUUCCCCAGAUCCGAGGAUAUGGAGAACUGCUACAGAUCCCUUGAAACUUUGUACUUGUAUCGCUGUGAUGCUCUCAAACCCAUGUUGCUUGGAUUCUUUCCAAAGCUUCGAUCUCUAGAAAUCGAGAGUUGUAGAAAUUUCGAGAGUAUUACAGAUCUAAACAUGCUUGGGCUCCAAAAUUUGACAUCUCUCGAGUCACUU